ACUGGGAUCGGUCAGGUUAAACUUGUAUACAUAUGAAUAUAACCUGUUUUCGCAUAUAAUAUUUUAUACUCAAAACGUGCAUUUUGUGUAUUCGGUAGAAUACAGUAUAAUUUGCUAACUUUAAUCACUAAAUAAGUAAGAUAUGUAUUAUGGAAAGAACUUUCAGACUUCCUGAUUAGGCUUAUGGCAUUGACAGCUCAAUCAGCAAUUCCGUCGUCUGAGCCACGACCUCUGGAAUUUUUACAAUCUGGUAAAAUUGGGGGAGGUAAACGCGCUUGUGUCAGCUCAUCUACCGAUUCAACAUCUCAGAAAGGAGCGAGUUCUUCAGUGGAUCAACAUAAAUUGGAAAAGCGACAUUUGAGAAAGAAAGAUGAUAAAGGAAUAUCAGGAAAACUGCUGGAAAAGAAGGGAGUCAAGAAAAUACUCUAUGCUAACCCUAACUUGGUGCAUGUGAAAUCAGAAUAUAUUAACAGGCCAACGCAAGCGUAAUCAUGAUGCAGAGCUACAGAAGUCUACAUCUAGCUCUGGUACUUCCGCCCUGGUGCAGCAACUUACAAUAGCAGCGUACUGUACAGAAUCAACUAAAUAUAUGUCUACACAUCCUCGUCAGAAGCACGUCACUAACAAACUCGUCAAUUUUAUUGCCGGAAAACUGCAACCAUUCUCAAUGGUGGAGUCAAAAGGUUUUCCAGAUCUAAUGGCAGCCGUGAAUUCUCGGUAUAUUCUUCCCAGUCGAAAGCAUCGGUCUACAACGUUGAUCGACAGCAAGUUUGAUGUAGUCCAACAAAAAGUCAUCUCUCUACUGCAACUUGUACCAACUUCAAUGUUACUGUGGAUAUCUGGAGUAGCAGACAAAUGCACAGCUUGCUUGGAGCCAUUGGAAAAUGCAAACAGUCAUGCUGGCAUGUGUGCAUUUCAAAGGGCGUCACACAUCUGAUAACAUUGCAAUUCAAUAUAAUGAAAUAAUAAAUAUCUUUAACAUCAACAACAAGAUGUCAUAUGUGACAUCUGAUAACGCAUCCAACAUGAUCAAAACUUUCUGCCCGCUUGGAUUUGAGUUGCAAACAAUACCUAGUGGGGCCCAGCAUGGCCAGGUAGAUAAGGUGCUCGACUCACAAUCAGAGGGUCGCGGGUUCGAAU